UGUUUCCCCUUACGGUGAGGGUGGAAAGAAGUCAAGCCUCCUUGUUGGAACAGAGGGUCCAAGGGCUCCCGAGGUUGGCCCUAGCAGGACUGAUCCAUUCCUAGGCUGAGGAACUGGCUGUCCCGGCUGGACCAUACUUCAGUGAGAAGGGAAGUGAUAAGGGGGUCAGAAGAUGGAGGAAAACAUGUGCCUCAAAAUCCCAAGGCCGCCUCAGGACUCUGAGUCCAACAGAACAAACCCAACAAUGUGUCUAUACCCUGAGACUACAGGCGAGAGUCUCUGGCUUCCUAACUCAACUCGAUGCCGGUGCUGUGACCUCUGAGGUGGAAAGCUCAGGUUACUGCCUGUUGCCCCAAAGGCUUGGUCAUUCUACAGACUUUCAACCCAGAGACCCUGACCCUACCGGAUGCUCCGAGUUACUGAGGGCUUGCGUGUCUUUCAGAGACGAGGAACAGCUGACAUGUGUGAGGCAUUAGCCCUGUCUGCUCUCCUUGGCACACUGUGGAGCCCCAGGGAGUUUCCCUUUUAAAGAAGUGGCCCUUCGAAGCUCGGGAGGACUCAGGAGCAGGCUGCCUGUCUCUCUGGGUUUCACUCGAAGGACUGAAGCCACAUCUGUACCCCCCUGACCUGCGUAUGCUUGUGGCCAGCACAGAAGUGCCAAGGCAGCUCUGGAAGCAGAUCACUGGGAACUUUGGAAUGUGUCUGUCUAGGAAACAAAUGUUGAUCCUCUGGUGGCUCUGGCCUCUACUGGCCAUCUGUGCUUCAGACUUAUUCCGGGACACGGCAGAGAGAAUCAUGAGGGACACACCGGUCAUCGAUGGGCACAACGACUUGCCUUGGCAACUGCUGACUUUGUUCAACAAUAAGCUACGGGACCAGAAGGCCAACUUGAACACACUGAAUGAAACACACACCAACAUCCCCAAGCUGAAGGCUGGCUUUGUGGGGGGCCAGUUCUGGUCUGCAUACAUGCCGUGUGACACCCAAAACAAAGAUGCCGUGAAAAGAAUAUUGGAACAGAUGGAUGUCAUCCACCGAAUGUGCCAACUCUAUCCCGAGACCUUCUUGUGCGUCACCACUAGUUCAGAUAUCUCACGGGCUUUCCAGGAUGGGAAAGUGGCCAGUCUGAUUGGCGUGGAAGGGGGCCACUUGAUCGACAGCAGCCUCGGUGUCCUGCGAGCACUCUACCAUCUGGGUAUGCGGUACCUGACCCUCACCCACAACUGCAACACACCCUGGGCAGAUAACUGGCUGGUGGACAAAGGAGAGGACAAGGCUGAGAGCCAAGGACUGUCAGACUUUGGGAUGCGUGUGCUGAAGGAGCUCAACCGCCUGGGUGUCAUGAUUGAUUUAUCCCACGUGUCUGUGGCCACCAUGGAGGCUGCUCUGCGGUUUUCCAAGGCCCCGGUCAUCUUCAGCCACUCCUCUGCCUACAGCCUGUGUCCACACAGGCGGAACGUACCUGACGACAUACUGCAGCUGGUGAAGACCAAGAAGAGUCUGGUGAUGGUAAACUUCUACAGCGAGUUUGUAUCCUGCUCAACGGACGCCACCUUGUCCCAAGUGGCUGACCACCUGGACCACAUCAAGAAGGUGGCAGGCCCUGAGGCUGUGGGCCUUGGAGGAGAUUUUGAUGGUGUUACCAAGCUGCCUGUGGGACUGGAGGAUGUCUCCAAGUACCCAGAUCUGAUAGCGGAGCUUCUCAGGAGGAACUGGACAGAGACGGAGGUCAAAGGCGUCCUAGCUCAGAACCUGCUGCGGGUCUUCUCUGAUGUGGAACUGGUAAGCAAUAGCAUGCAAGCUCCUGAGGAAGACUCUAUCUCCCUGGACAAGUUGGAUGGCUCCUGCAGGACACACCAUGGCUACUCACAGGCCCCCAGCAUUCACUUCCAGACAGGGGCCCUGCUGACCUCCCUAGCCUCCCUGCUCCUCAGUCUGCAUCUUCUGUGACAUCCUAAGGACCAGAACCUCCUUCCAUGCUCCCAGAGCUCAGGGAAGACUGGACAAGCCCAGAGUCUCUGUUGUCAUAUAAAACCACGCCCUCUCCCCAACAAGCAGUGGGCCUCCCUGGGGACAGCUCAAGACACAGGCAUGCAAUAAACGUGACACCCCUGUGAGCACUCA